ACGUGCAAAUAAUGAAUUUAAACUGUCGAAGCCACCAAAUGUUUUUGUAUUUUCCAUUGUAACGGAAGACUUUUGGAAUCCUACACCGUUAAACCAAAGCAAAAGCUAUGGAAAAGGGGAGGAUUGAUUGAUUCGGAAAGUAGAUCGAGACGAGUAAGAAGAAGAAUAAAAAAAAGGUAUUUAGAUAUAUAUCUUUUAAACUUGUUUUUUCAUCCCUUCAAAUUUUAUGUGUGAAACAAUAAGUCAACGCUUCAGCUGGCUUCAUGUUUGUUACUUGUGCACACUAUUUGGCUUCUUCAAUGUUCAAUAUAUUCAGUCAUGCAUUCACUUUCUAACAUUCUGAAUCCCUAUAAUUCUACUCAAACAAAAUUCACGAUUUAGAGCCCUAAUUAAAUCUAAUCACAGUAAACACCACCGGAUUCCGCCGCGCCUCCAUCCCCCAACCACUGCUUCUUCGUCCUUGGUCCGUCGCUAGCAGCCCAGAAACAUGUCGGAGGCCCUCCUCUCAUCGGUGAUACAGAAGCUGGACAAUAAUUAUCGAGAGUACACUCUCGAUGAAGCGAAUAAGCAUGAAACUGUUUCUGUAUUAUUUCUCAAUAAGCAAAUGGAAAGGGUAAUUAAAGAGAUGAGAGAGAUUGUGGAUAUUGUGAGGGAUAAGAAGUUGGAAGAGGGGAGAAGCCUCAAUUUUUUAGUAUCUGACCUUGUCGACGUGGCUGAGGAUGUCAUCGACCUUUUCAAACAACGCAAAAGCUGUACUUGGCUAUAUGAGUCCAUCCAUAGUUGGAUGGGAGAGAUCAAAAAGCGCAUGCUUAAACUGGGAGAUGAUGGGGCGGAGAUGAGAUCAUUGGAAAAUGUUGAUGAAGAAGAAGAUGACAAAUAUCCAUUGGUGGGCGUGGAAGAAGAUGUGAAAAUGCUGAUUCGCAAAAGGAUUAUUGAUAUGGGAAAGUCGAAGAAUAUUCUUAUCAAAGGGAUGCCUGGUGUCGGAAAGACAACUCUUGCCAGAGAGAUAUACAACCAUCCAACCGUCAUUAAGCACUUCGAGCGCCGUGCUUGGGUAUCUUAUUCUAUUAACCUCACUAUUAAAGAGCUACUUAUCAAAUUGAUACAACAGGUAAUACUAAUAGAUCUUGAGAGUUUCUAUAAAUCUUCGUUAUUGGAGAAUAUGGACAACCGAAGCCUCCGAGAUAUGCUAUGCCAACACCUGCAAGGGAAGCGAUAUUUUAUAGUUCUCGACGACGUGCCCAAACAAAUGCACCUCAAGUCUUUCAUGAGAGCUCUUCCAGAACAAUACAAUGGAAGUAGAUUGCUGCUCACAAGUCACACGACACAUGUCGACAUAUAUGUAGGUGAUGGAAAUGUUUAUAAGAUGAAACCUUUGGAUUCUAAGAAGAGCUGGCAAUUGUUUCUGAAAACAAUAAACCAUGGCAAUAAAUUAACGGGCGAGCACAAAUUCCCAAAGUCCUUGGAGUAUAUGGGAAAACAAAUGUUGGAAAAAUGUGGCGGUCUGCCAUUAGCUAUAAAAGAGGUGGGAAAGCAGUUAGCAAAAAAGAAAGUCUCAGGGGAGAGCGAAUGGGAACAACUUCUUGAAUCAAUUGAUUUUGGUUCAACAUUGAAGUUGUUGGAACCAUUUUAUCAUAAAUUGGAUCCCAAACUGGAGUCGUGUUUCUUGUCUAUGGCCUUCUUUAAGGAAAAUACAACAUUGAGGGUAGAAAAGUUGUCACAGAUUUGGGUUAUAGGAGGAUUGGUUUCAAAAUAUAACUAUCGAUCAUAUUUAAAUGGUUUAGUUAAUGAAUCUGUUAUUGAAGUCAAGGAAAAGAGCACGGAGUAUGGCAUGAAUCCUAUGCUACACAUGCUAUCCAUCCAAAAGGCAAAGGAGAAACUAGGUUUUGAGAUCCUAAGGAACAAUGGAAAUAAUCAACCCUCUGAGAGUCCUCGUCAUCAUCGUGUCAUCAUUUGUAGCAGAGACAAGUUCAACCACUCGACGGAUCAAGAUAAACAUCUUGUUUCUCUCUUCUUCCAUGGAGGUGGCUACUUGGACACUAGUCCAUCUUAUUGGAAGAGCUUUGAACAACUUAAGAUACUUGACCUGGAAGAUUUUGGGUUGAAGAUUUUACCGGAAAGUAUCGGCACAUUGAUGGAAUUAAGAUACUUGGGGUUGAGAAAUAAUUACAUAAAAGAGCUUCCAGAGUCGUUGGGGUGCUUGAAAAAGCUUGAGGUUCUUGACAUAGCUCAAAACUUUAUGGUGGAGGUGCCAGAUGUUAUAUGGGAAUUGUGUAGCCUUCUUCACCUCUACCUGUCUGAUAUGAUCUGCCGGAAGCCUUUUAAGAUUGAUGUGCUAUGGAUGCUGAGGACCUUAACCUACAUCUCGGUUGAUAAUUGGACUUAUGAGAUCUCGGGCAUAAAAAAAGCGAUGUUUCUUGAGAAAUUGGGCAUAGAAGGAUUGGAUGGAAACUCAGAUGUGAGCAAGCUCUUUGUAUCAUUGGCUGUGCUGGAGGAUCUUAAACACCUAAUCUUAAGAGGGUAUCGUUUCAGAAGCAUGCCUUGUUUGGAUGAGAUUGGUAUUCUACACAAGCUCGAAACACUCAAAUUGGAUGGACUCCUUGCCAGGCUUCCAAGGAGUUUCCCUCCCAAGAUUAAAUCAUUGACGUUGAUUGAUAGUUGUCUUGAUGAAGACCCCAUGCCACUACUAGCAGAGAAGUUACCCAAGCUAGAGUGCCUCAAAUUGCGGAAUGCAUACACUGGUCAACAAAUGGUGAUCUUGGAUGACAAUUUUCCCGAGCUCAAAGUCCUGCACAUCGAAGAGUUAUGGAAUCUGAGAAAUGUACAAUGUGGAAAAGGUGCAAUGUUUCGUCUCAAGAAGUUAGAAAUACAUGAUUGUCCAUAUUUGGAUACCCUCCCGAAAGCAAUUCAGAGGAUGAUCCUGCUGAAGGAGAUAAUGAUAGUGACAACCAAAAGCAAUGCAGCAAAGCUCAAGAAUUUAUACUUAAUCCCCGAAAUAGGGUUCAUGAAUCUCAAUCCAUUAGCUAGAACAGUUCGCGUUGUUUUGUACAGUUGAUUUAUCUUCUCCUUUGGUGGUUGUGUGUUUGUAAAUGACAUUUAGUUGCUUUGGCAAUUGUGAUUUCUUCAUCAUAUCUUAUUU